CUGUAUAACAUCCUAAGUUUAUAAGUACCAAGAGAUUGAACUCGGAAAAGAUAUCAGCACCAAACUAUUAUCAGUUCUUCCUCUCUUUUGUCUAGCAGAAAUGGAUCUCCUAUUUCCCUUCUCUAUCACCACCUUAUUCCUCCCACUCUUGUUUUUCCUUUUCAAUUUGCUUAAAACACUCACAAGAUCCAAAAUCCAUAACCCAACUCCGAAAAUUCCCCCGGGACCGUGGAAGCUACCACUCAUCGGAAGCAUCCACCACCUCGCCGGCUCAGAACCACAUCGUUCUCUGAGAAACUUGGCAGCGAAAUAUGGACCCCUCAUGCAUUUGCAGCUAGGUGAAAACUCAACGGUUGUCAUAUCAUCGCCACGGUUGGCCAAAGAGGUGAUGCAAACGCAAGACGUAGCCUUUGCGAAUAGGCCUCCGCUUCUAGCGGUUAAGAGUAUGACCUAUAAUUAUGUGGACAUCGCGUUUUGUCCAUACGGCGAUUACUGGAGACAGAUGCGUAAAAUCUGCAUCUUGGAACUCCUUAGUACCAAAAACGUCCGCUAUUUUUCAUCUAUUCGGGAGGAUGAGGUUUUUCAUCUUGUCGAGUCCAUAAAAAAAUCCUCAGGUUCGUCGAUCAAUCUUGCCAACAAGAUUUUGUCAUUGACGAACGAUAUAAUUUUCAGAGCAGCAUUUGGAAAACGAUGCGAUGACCAAGAUGUGCUCAUGCCCUUGAUGAAGGAAUCGAUAGAGCUGGCGGGAGGUUUCAACCUGUGUGAUUUGUUUCCCUCGUUCAAAGUACUUCACUUCCUCAGUGGGAUGAGGCAUAAACUAGUUAGACUUCAUGAAAAGAUGGAUCAGAUUCUUGAAAACAUCAUCGACGGGCACGAAGAAAAUCUUAGAAGCUCUGAAGGGGGAAAUGGCGAAGCCGGGGAGGAAGAUCUUCUCGAUGUCCUGCUUAGGCUUAAACACAGUGGUGACCUUCAGUUCCCCAUGACAAACAACAAUAUUAAAGCUAUCAUUCUGGAAAUUUUUUCUGCUGGAACUGAAGCUUCCUCGAAUAUAGUCGAAUGGGCAAUGUCGGAAAUGGUAAGGAAUCCAAGGGUGAUGGAAAAGGCGCAAGCUGAACUGAGGCAAGCUCUCCAGGGGAAGAAAAGAAUCCGCGAAUCCGACAUUCAGGGCUUGAAAUAUUUGAAGUUGGUGAUCAAAGAAACUCUGAGGUUAUACCCUUCUGCUCUGCUAGUCAGAGAAUGCAGGGAACAAGCUGAGAUUGAUGGUUUCCGCAUACCCGUAAAAACACAAGUUAUCGUGAACGCCUGGGCUAUGGGAAGAGAUCCCGAGUACUGGGAAGAUGCUGAGAAGUUUUCGCCGGAGAGAUUCGAUAACAGUCCUGUCGAUCUUCUGGGAAACGAUUUCCAGUAUAUUCCGUUCGGGGCGGGGAGGAGGAAAUGUCCGGGGAUGACUUUCGGUCUGGCGAAUAUGGAACUUCCUCUAGCUCAACUGCUGUAUCACUUCAACUGGGAACUACCCGGCGGGACCAAGCCGGAGGAUCUGGACAUGAGAGAGACCUUUGGAGCGACUGUUAGGAGAAUAAGCAACUUGCAUUUGGUUGCCACUCCUCAUUAUUUCACUUGA